AUGGGAGCGGCCGCGCGAGCGGAUCCCGCCGACGCUGACGGCAGGGCGGAUGACGAGAAGACGACGCCGACGCCGACGCCGACGCCGCGGCUGCGUCUUCUCCCCCCGCCACAAAUUCCCGCCGCGUUCGAUCCCCCUCCGCCGUUGUGGCCGGAUCGCCCGCGCGCGGCGGCGCUCCGCGCCGUCGCCUCGCGCCUCCGCGCGCUGACGCGCGGGACGUCGCCCGCGCGGAUCGAAUCCGCGGCGAGGCUCCGCGACGCCGUCGCCGCCGCCGCGCCGGGCGUCGACGCGCGCGCCGCGCGCAAUCACUUCUGGCGGCUCCUCCCGUCGCGCGCGAAGACGCGCGGCGCGGAGGGCGCGUCCAGGGCGCUGCUCGCGUUCAUGUGCGAGCGCGAGCCGCGGCGAACGGUGGAGGUGAUCGGGCGAGAUCCCGACGCGUGGCGCGCGUUUUUCGACGCUUCCGACGCGCGAAUCAAACUGUGGUUCUCGCACUUCGUGCCGAACGCGAAGCACACGAGAGGCGCGAGGGCGCUGGCGAACUUCGCGCUCGCGCGGCGGGAGGUGGCGUGGCGGCACAUCGCGUGGAGGGGGAAGCACGCGCAGACGCCGGUGGUGGUCGCGAACAAGCUGCAUUACUUUUGCGACGUCGACGUGCUCGAGACGGUCAGGCGCGUUCUGUACACUGGUCCCCGUACGACCGCGUCGGCGUGGUGA